AUGGGCAAAGCCGAAGUCGGAUCUACGAAAUUUGUCGCCAACCGCAUGAAGGCCAAGGGUCUUCAGCGGUUGAGAUGGUACUGUCAACCAUGCGAGAAACAAUGCAGAGAUGCCAACGGAUUCAAGCAGCAUACAAUGAGCGAAAGCCAUGUGCGACAAAUGCUUCUCGUCGGCGAAGAUCCCAAGAAAUACAUCAACGACUAUACCAAACAAUUCUUGAGCGACUUCAUUCUGCUUCUAAGGACUGGUCACGGAGAGAAACAAGUUCAUAUUAACCGUUUCUAUCAAGAAUAUAUUGCAAACAAGGAGCACAUUCAUAUGAACAGUACAAAAUUCGGUUCGCUUACCGAACUAGCGAAGCAUCUAGGCCGCGAGGGCAUUUGCCGAGUUGAAGAAACCGAGAAGGGCAUACACAUAUCCUGGAUCGACAAAUCACCAGAGGCUUUGAGGCGACAAGACGCAUUACGGCGCAAGGAAGCGCAAGAUCAGGGCAACGAGGAGUUGGAACAGCGCAUGAUCCGAGAGCAAAUCAAACGAGCGCAAGCCGCUGCCGGCAACGACGAAGAAAAAGAAGAAGAUCCUGAAGCCCGCGAAUUGAAACGUCAAGAAGGAGAGAAGAUCAAGCUUUCAUUCGGAGCGAAGCCAGCUGCUCUCGAUACGAAGGCGUCGGAGAGCCCUGCGCCCGACACGGCUACAACAGAAGCAGACACCUCAAAGACGGAAGAGAUAACUACAGAAAAAGGAAAGGAGCCUGACACAGCACCAGCGAAGCCAAGCGGGUUUAGAGGCAUCUCGAUGAAACUUGCUGGGAAGCCUCAGACCAAGAACGUGUUCGCCCAGGCCAAAAAGAAUGCCCUCUCUUCAGGAUCCAAGAAACCAGCAAAAAUUGAGCAACCCAAGAAAAUGAGCGAGGCCGAACGCAUCAUGAAAGAGGAAAUGGAAAAGAAGCGGCCCAGGGACUCUACCGGCUUUAGUUUUGGCAUGGGCUCUAACAAGAAGCAGAAGAACAACUAA